AUGCAUCAUCACUUUAUUCUUUGCAGUGUUAGCUCACCCCAUCUUGGUGUUAAAAUUGGGGAGAAACAAACCGGUGGUUCAAGAGAUAAAGCAGCAUUGGACAGACUCUUUCUCAGUCGCAUGUGGAGAAUUCUUAAAGUCUUAAUACCAGGAUGGUUCACUUUGGAGACUGGUUAUGUUAUACUAAUAGCUAUUAUGUUAAUAGCUAGAACCUACUGUGAUGUCUGGAUGAUAUCCAAUGGUACUGCUAUAGAAAGUGCUAUUAUUGGACGAGAUGUCAAAUUAUUCAGAUAUUACCUAUUUAAGUUCAUCUAUGCAAUGCCAGCAGUAAGUAUUUCUUCUCUCUUUAUUCAGUUUGGCUUGAAUAUGUUGAAGUUGCGAUUUCGUCAGAGACUCACUGAUCAUUUUUAUGAUAAAUAUCUCAGGGGGAACACUUAUUACAAGAUGACCAACCUUGAUAACAGAAUUUCCAAUGCUGAUCAGUUGUUAACACAGGAUACAGAGAAAUAUUGUAAUAGCGUUGUGGAUUUGUACUCCAAUCUAAGUAAACCUUUACUUGAUAUUGUCAUUUACAUAAGAGAGUUAACUGGAGCUAUUGGUAUCCAGGGACCAGCCAGUAUGAUGGGUUAUCUGGCAUUUUCCGGCCUCAUACUAACCAGAUUAAGAAGACCAAUUGGCAAAAUGACCGUUACUGAGCAGCGUUACGAAGGGGAGUUCCGCUACGUGAAUUCACGUCUUAUAACCAACUCUGAAGAGAUUGCAUUUUAUCAAGGAGGAGAGCGAGAGAAGAAGACCAUUAGGGGGACGUUUGCUAAACUGAUCGGUCACCUCAAUGAUUUCGUCAUGUUCAGGUUCAAUAUGGGAUUUGUUGAUAAUAUUGUUGCCAAAUAUAUUGCUACAGUAGUGGGUUAUCUUGUUGUAAGUCGGCCAUUUUUAAAUCUCAGUGAUCCAAGGCACUUGCAUAGCUCUCACACUGAGCUUCUUGAGGAUUACUAUAAGUCUGGUCGGAUGUUGGUUAAAAUGGCUCAAGCUAUAGGGAGAAUCGUAUUGGCAGGUAGAGAAAUGACGAGACUAGCCGGUUUUACAGCUCGUGUUACAGACUUGAUGAGUGUGUUGGAAGACCUCAAUCGUGGUCACUAUGAACGAACAAUGGUUAAUACGUCAUCCAUUGCUGGAAACCGAGUAGACUCUGACAGUGAAGAAGACAGGCAGCCAUUGGUCCCUGGUAGUGGACAGGUCAUACUGCAAGAUCACCUGAUCAGGUUUGAACACGUUCCCUUGGUAACUCCGAAUGGUGAUUUAUUGAUCAAAGAUAUGACAUUUGAAGUUCCAUCUGGUAUGAAUGUGUUAGUUUGUGGUCCUAAUGGAUGUGGUAAAAGUUCACUCUUUAGAGUACUAGGCGAGUUAUGGCCUCUUUUUGGAGGAAAAAUGACAAAACCUGAGAAGGGAAAGCUUUUCUACAUCCCACAGAGGCCGUACAUGACGAUUGGUACAUUCCGUGAUCAGGUGAUAUACCCCGACAGCAAGUAUGACAUGAAUAGUAAGGGCUUCAGUGACGAGAGCUUGGAAGACUACUUAGACAAGGUUCAGUUGAGUUAUUUGUUAGAGAGAGAAGGUGGAUGGGAUUCUAUACAAGAUUGGAUGGAUGUACUCAGUGGAGGAGAGAAACAGCGAAUAGCUAUGGCACGUGUUUUUUACCACAAACCACAGUUUGCCAUCUUAGAUGAGUGUACUAGUGCUGUCAGCGUGGAUGUGGAAGGGUUCAUGUACAACUAUUGUAAAGAACAAGGUAUCACGUUGUUUACAGUCUCACACAGGAAAUCACUAUGGAAACACCAUGAGUACUUUUUACAUAUGGAUGGACGUGGCAAAUAUGAUUUCAAGAAGAUCACAGAUGAAACUAUUGAGUUUGGUUCGUAAUAUCUUGAAUCUCUUUCCUGAGAGAUCAGUCUGUGUUUAGUCGACUACCACAUUGGAUGUUGUUGGUCAGUG